CAACUGAAUACACGGAGGUCAGUUACCGAGGUUGCGGUUUGAAUUGUGUGACGAAUGCGAAACUAGUAUUGCGUCGGAGGGUUAGGAAGUGUAAAGUAUGAUCAAGGGAGGGGGGGGAGAGAAAGAGAGAGAAUGAGAGAGAGCGAUAUAUCGAUCGUUCAGUCUGGCUGGCACUGUGCAGAAGGCAGCGCUCCUAGCGUACACUCAGGGAAACAAUUGGAAGAAACGCAACGCCACGCCUGCAUUGUGCGGUGUUUUUUUUUAUGCGGUGUUUCGUUGCGCACGUUUAGUGUCUAGUGUCCCUUUGUCACGCAAAUAGGAAGUAGAGAUGGAAGCCUUUUUAAAUAAGAAAUACAAACUCGCUUCCUCAGAGAAUUUCGACGAAUACAUGAAGGCACUGGGUGUCGGCUUCAUCACGCGCAAGAUCGGCAACACCACCAGCCCCACCAUCGAGCUGAGUCGGUCCGGGGACGAGUACACCCUGCUGACCUCGUCCACGUUCAAGAACACGUCCAUCAGCUUCCGACCGGGCGAGGAGUUCGAGGAGGACACGGUGGACGGCCGCAAGGUCAAGUCCCGGGUGGACAUCGAGGACAACAGGCUGACCCACGUCCAGAAAGGCGAGAAGGACACCACCAUCGUCCGAGAGUUCUUCGCGGACGAGGUCAAAGCUACCAUGACGAUUGACGACAUUGUCUGUACCCGCGUUUACAAGCUUGUGGAAUAAAAUGACUUCCUUUGAAGAACGUACACUGAUUGUCACUGAAGAUUUUGAUUGUGUAAUGUAAAGGUGUGCGUAAGGGCUGUAUUAUUUGUUUUUCAGUUUUUAUAGACUCCUAAAUUGCUAUGUCCUGAAAAUCUAUUUUUAAGAUUUAGUAGCUUAGUAAAUAUGAAACUUAAAGAGGGAGACUGAAAGACACCAUGUUGAAUUUAACAUAUUUGAGUCUAUUUUUUUUUGUAGUUAAUUAUUGAAUAUUUGGCUUGUUAAAACAUAUUAUUUAUAUUAUAUUAAUGGUAUUUAUCAGUGAAAUUGACAAUGAUUUGCUGCAGCACGUAGUAAAGUAAUUGGGGGGGUUCAAAAUAUAAUUUAUUUUGAACAAUGACUACAACAAAUUGUGAAAAUAUUAAAUAUUGAGAAUAUUCACUCUUUUACUGUCUCAAAAAAACUAUUUAUGUGUUUUCUCUGCCUUAGCUAAGACAGAUUUUUAAUGAUAAAAUAAGCCAACAACUUCUAUUAUCUGAUAAAACAUAUUUAAUUUUUGAAUUAAAACCCAAGCUAUGUUUAUUAAAAUAAUAAUGAAACUCAAGUUAACUUGAAAAAGUAUUUUAUAUCAAGGAAUAUGUACUGGUCAAAGAUUUUGUGCUUCUUUCCAUCCAUACCAUAAAUUUUAUUUUUAUUUCUACAAAAUAUUUUGUUGGAAUAAUUUUGUAAGAUGUUUGGUAACUCAAAAUUAUUUAUUGAUGAUUACAAAAUAAUUUAUAAAUACGAAUUUGCUACCCAAAACAAGAUGUGUUAAAUUUUUUUGUAAUAUUGCUUUAAUUUUUAAACAGUUUUAGGUUUGGUUGCAUUUUUUUAGUGUAAAUUUUAGUUUUUAUAAAAAGCUGGUAGUUGCAUAGUAAAUCAAUUAUUGUAAAAUGUGCUUGAAUAUUUUUUUUAUAUUUCAAAUUUAAUUUUUUGUUUACUCCACAAAUUUUUACAUUGACUUUUGCAAUAAUUGUGCAUCCACAAAAAAAACACAGUAAUACUGGGAAAGUUCAUCCUAAUUGUUGGUAAUUCCACACCCCCUACGAAUAUAUAUUUUUCAGUAUGGUUGCUGUCAAAUGGAAAAUAGGACAAAGUCAUCUUAGCAUAGUUAUGAAGCAAUAUUUUACCUAUUGUACAGGUUGCCAAAGACUGUGUGGACCAAGUUUUGAAAAUUCUAUUCAUCACUGCCAUGGUUCAAAAAAUUUAUUCUGUAUGACACUACAUUACAAUACAAAUUUGUGUAGAAGUUAAAAUAAUUUAGCAAUAGUGGUUUUGGCGAAUAGUAUUCAAGAAAAUGUUUUGUGACCAUACAACUAUUAUUGCAUAGCGAGUGCUAGAUGAAAUGACUGCACAUACUUGUAUGUUAAGAUUUAAGAGAUGAUAAAAAAAAAGGACAUUACUCAUGUCAUAAACAUCCGCACAUAUAAAUAUUGUUUCAUAAUGUAAAGAGAACACUAUCUCUACACUAAUGCCCCACUUGGGACUCCAAUCUGUUACAGAAUUUUGGCUCUAACUCUGUACAAUAAAUAGUGUACAGGAUGUGUCUGAUAUGUCAAGAAUGAAGGCACUUAACUCUGUGUGUCUCGAAUAUGUAGUUUUGUUUGAGCUACUUUUUGGCUUCUAAUAUUAGUUUAAAAUAAUUAUUGUUAUAAUCAACUUGUUUGAUAGUGUGAAUAUAACUUGUCUUAUAAUAAAGCAACACUUUUUGCCUA